AUGGGAAAUAUUCUCUCCACCGGUUAUGGAGCUGAAAAUACACAGCCUCAAUACGAAGUUAAACGUGACGAAGGUCCACCACCUCUGAGAACAAGACCUUGGAGAAACUUUGACUGGCGAGAAAAAGACGAGUUGUUAGCUGAAGUAUCUAAUUUUCGGAUUAAGGGCGGAGUGAAAUAUCUAAACUGCAUGUUACUUGGCCAAGCUGCUUCUGGAAAAACCUCAUUUUUCAAUUCAUGUGCUACAGCCCUAAAGGAUGAAAAAAGAGUUCUGGCUCCGCUAGCAGUCUAUAAGCCAUCUGGAAGCAGUGUUACCUCAACUUUUGAGACCCACCCAUUAUUUACAAAGGAUGACAAAAUAUUGCCACUAAGAAUAUUUGAUUGUCGUGGUCUGCACAAUGUAAGUGGAGUGACGCCAGAGGAUGUUCAAUUAAUGGUUAAAGGCCAUGUCAAAAGUGGAUAUCAGAUAAACCCAGUUGCAUCAAUACAAAGCGACCAUGCAAAAUAUCGAUCUCAGCCAAAUAUAGGGGACAAGAUCCAUUGUCUCAUAUACGUUGUUAACGCUGACAAUCCACAGUCAGCGUUGGCUGAUGAAUCAGCUGUAGAAAUAUUUAAAAGAAUGCGAGAACUAUUGGCACCAUUAAAUGUGCCACAGCUUGUUUUGAUGAACAAGGUCGACAGGCUCCGGGCCUCGUUGUCAGAUGACAUUUCUCAGCUCUUCAGAAGUGAAGAGGUAUAUAGAAAGUUUAAAGUCGUUGCUGAUUUCAUGCAGCUUCCUGAUAUGAAUGUUUUACCGAUGUCUAAUUACCAUGAUGAGACUAACCCUGAUCCAAAAAAAGAUGUACUAGCAUUGUCAAAUCUAAAAAUGAUGAUGGACAGAGCUAACGAUUUUUUGCAGAGACAAGACACAAGCAGUGCACCCGAAGAUUUUUAUGAUUGAUUAGAAACAAAUGAAAAGAUUAUUGCUUUGCAAAAAAUGUAACAAAACUGUCAGAUAAGACAGAAAACUUUAUACAUGUCUGAAAAUAAAAGACUUAUAUUUGUUUAUGUUGUUAUU